AUGUGUUAGUGGUAACCACAUUGUGGUUCAGAUCUCUGAUUCGACGACCAAAUCAAAAUGAGUUCCAUUAAAAGGAUGUUACUCAGAAAACGCACUCUAAAUUUUUCAAGAAUUAAAUUACUGUGCCGUCAACAGUCUUCAACAUCUUAUAAAGAUUCUCUUCUUCUACCACAAACAAAAUUUCCUCAUAAAGUGAACUACAAGAACCGCAGAGAAAGAGACCAUUCAAUCGAAAUUGAUGCAAAAUUUGGAGAGUUAUAUAAUAAGCAAAAAACAAAGAAAGAACAAAAAGAAUUCAUUUUGCAUGAUGGUCCUCCUUAUGCAAAUGGAGAAGUACAUAUUGGCCAUGCUGUCAAUAAAAUUUUAAAAGAUAUAACAGUUCGAUAUGAGCUUCUUCAAAACAAAAGAAUUAUUUUUACUCCUGGCUGGGACUGUCAUGGACUGCCAAUUGAGCUCAAGGUUCUAAAGGAAAAUUACAAAUCUGAAACAAAUAUUUCAGAAAUUGAUAUUCGCCAAAAAGCUUUUUCAUUUUCACAAAAAAUUAUUGAAAAACAAAGAACAUCUUUUAUGGAAUGGGGUAUUUUAACAGAUUGGUCCAAUAGCUAUAUUACUUGUAGACCACAUUAUAUUAUUCAACAGUUGCAUGUAUUUCAGGACCUGUAUGAAAAAGGAAUGAUAUUUCAAGAUCAUAAACCAGUGUUUUGGUCUCCUGAUAAUAGAACAUCACUGGCAGAAGCUGAGUUAGAAUAUAAUUCUAGCCAUGUCAGUCCAUCCCUGUUUGUUAAAUUUUCUGUGAAGAAGUGUCCUGAUGUUAUAAAGACUCAUAUAUUAUCAGGUUCAAAUCUCAGUGUAUUAAUAUGGACAACUACUCCAUGGACUCUCCCUGCUAACCAAGCAGUAUGUUAUGCUCCAAAUCAAAAGUACUGUAUGGCAUUCUGCAGUUCUAAGCAGGAAUAUUAUUUAAUAGCAGUAGAAAUGUUACCAUUCCUAGAAAAAUCUUUGAAUCUAGAACUCAAAGUUGUUACAACUUUUGAAGCAUCGCUUUUAAAUGAAGUUACAUAUUCUCAUCCAAUUUCAAAGGACAGGGAGUGUCCAUUCCUUCCAUCUAAUCAUGUGACUAUGGACAAAGGAACUGGAUUAGUUCACACAGCUCCUAAUCAUGGGUUAGAUGAUUACAUUGUAAUGAAAAAACAUCAGAUACCUCUUGAUCCAUGCCUUGUUGAUGAAUAUGGAUGUUACAAUAGCCAAGCAAGCAAAGAAUUACAAGGGAAAGCUGUCCUGAAAGAAGGAACAAAGCUUAUCCUGGACCUUCUCUCUGCUGACAUUGUUCAUUUGGAAGAUUAUGUUCAUAGUUAUCCUUAUGAUUGGCGAAGCAAGACUCCAGUUAUCAUUAGGAGUUCCCAUCAAUGGUUUAUUGAUGUUCAUCAGAUAAGAGAUAAAGCCAUUGAUUGUUUGAAGGAUGUAACUAUUGUUCCAGACCACUUUAAAAAAGUUUUCCAGCAUCAGUUAUUGUCGGCACCUCAGUGGUGCAUUUCUAGACAAAGAGCUUGGGGUGUUCCUAUACCAGCCUUCUACUCUUCUGACCGAAAUAAACCCCUCGUUCACAGGUCUAUAACUAACCAUCUAUGUUCAUUGAUUCAAACACAUGGGAUCCAUUGUUGGUGGGAGAAAAAUGCAAAUGAACUACUACCACCAGAACUGAAAAAUAAACUAGAAUUACCGCUCGAAGAGUAUCAGAAAGGAAGUGAUAUUAUGGACAUCUGGUUUGAUAGUGGCAUUAGCUGGAAAUGUGUUUUGCCAGAACCGCACAUAUCUGAUAUUUGUAUCGAGGGCAUCGAUCAGAUUCGAGGUUGGUUCAACUCGUCUUUGCUGACAUCUGUGGCAAUGAGAGGAAAAGCACCAUAUAAAGCACUUGUUCUUCAUGGAUUUACAACAGAUUCCGAAGGUCGAAAGAUGUCUAAAUCCGAAGGGAAUGUCAUAAAUCCUGAAGAUAUUAUAUCUGGAUCAAAAAAGAUCGGCAAUCCUCCAUAUGGUAUAGAUGUUCUACGAUGGUGGGUGGCAUCCCAUGCCUGCCAAUCUGAAAAUAUACCUGUGAAAAUGGAGAUUUUGGAUGACUGUGCACAGAGCUUGAAUAAGCUGCGUAAUACAUUUAAAUUUCUCUUGGGGAAUUUAAAAGAAUAUGAUCUUUCUUCCGUUCCAACUUCACCUCUAGAAAUGAGGGAUUUGGACUUGUAUAUGUUGCAUAUUCUCAGAAAUUUUUAUCAAAAAAUUCUAAAGCAAUACAGUUUGAUUCAAUAUAAAGGUGUUUCAAAGGAUGUUUUAAACUUUGUCACCAAUGAAGUGUCUUCUUUUUAUUGCCAUUUAGUCAAAGAUCGAUUGUAUUGUGAUGCUCCGAAUUCCAAAGAUAGAUUAGACUGUCAAGCAGUAUUGUUUUUCAUUUUGAACACUUUGCUUCAGAGUGUUGGACCCAUUUGCCCACAUCUUGCCGAAGAAGUAUAUCUAUUUUCUCCUUAUAGAAAAAAUUCUAGUAGCUUAUUUGAAAACCAGUUCCCAUCUUUAGAUGAAUUCUUAGCAAAUACUUCAUUUCCUUUGUCAAUCCUGUGUGCUAAUCAGAUAAGAGAUGCGAUUUUAAAAGCAGAUGUCAGAACAGCUGAUAUGGAAGCUACUAUAGCAUGCAAUCCCAAACUCUUGGAUACUUUACAAGAUCUAAAUAAAAAUGUUACAAAUAAUUCAGGGUUGAAAGAAUUCUUUCAAGUUGCAGAUAUUAAAUUUACAAAUAGCCAUGAGGAGCCAUCUCAAGGAUUAACCAUAAAAGGAGAUUUAGAGCUUACCGGAAAUAGUGAUAAAGAAAUGUUUGCUGUGACACUGGCUAAAACAAAACUGGAGAAAUGUCCUAGGUGUAGACUUUUUGCUUCUAGUUCUAAAGACUCAUUAUGCCCUCGAUGUUCUCAUGUUUUAAAUGUUUCUGUUUCACAAAAGUCUUGUGUUUAAAUAUAAAUUGUUAUGUUAUUUAUUUUCA